AUGGCGGACCCGGGAGGGAUGGACGAGAGGAGUGCAGAUCGGUUGCGGCAUCCGGGGAGGAAGCGCGUGCUGGGUUUCGUCGGGGUUCAGACCGGUUUCGGCAGCCGCACUAGACGCGGGUUGCUUCGCGAGACAUGGUUCCCCGCCACGCCCGAAGACCACGCGCGCAUAGAAGCAGCAACAGGGUUGGUGUUCCGGUUCAUCAUCGGGCACGGCAGAAGCACACUGGACGAGCAGCUGCUGCAGGCGGAGAACAGCACUCACGGGGACUUCCUUCGCAUCGACGUGGACGAGGCGUACCUCAAUCUCAACCACAAGACUCUCGUGUACUUCACGUCUCUCUUCAAGCUCUAUGAAGCGGAAUUUUACGUCAAGGCAGACGACGACAUUUACUUGAGACCAGACCGCCUCUCCUCUCUGAUCGCCAGGCCAAGGAAAUCACCUCGAACCUACCUUGGGUGCUUGAAGAAGGGAGCUGUGUUCACUAACCCCAAAAUGAAGUGGUUUGAGCCCAAGUCAUGGCUGGUGGGAUCGGAGUAUUUCCUGCAUGCCUACGGCCCCAUCUACGCCCUCUCAUACGACGUGGUCAACAUUCUCAACUCCAUUCCCAAGGGCAGCGCAAUCCGAAAGCGCGCCGAGUCCCGUCGCCGCGGCAACUACCUGUCGCACGUUGCUCUGCUCGCCUCGCUCCUCGUGCUUCGUCUCCCCACUUCCUUCGCCGUCCUCAUUGACUCCUCGCAAGUUCCCCCGCUGCUGGAGAUGCAGGCGGGGUGGGGAGUGAGCCUCAACGAGUGGCGCGCCAAUGGCAACUGUGAUGCUGCCACAGGGCUGACGUGCGAUGAGGGCGGGUUCGUCGUGGGCAUGACCCUCACAGCGGAGCAGGUGCCUGCAGGGCUGCCAGGGCCCUUCCCCACGGCCAUUGGCAGCCUUACCCACCUCACAGACCUAACGCUUGACCUGAGCAACGGAACCGCUUCCAUUCCCAAUGCCAUCAGCACCCUCCGCCGCCUCGCUACCCUGCGGCUCUCAGGUGCGGCUCUCCGGGGCACCCUGCCCUCAGCCCUCGCGCAGCUUCCUGCGCUCUCUUCUCUCUCACUGGUUGACAGCAUGCUCACCGGCUCCAUUCCAGCUUUCCUCUCGGCGCUCACACAAUUGACAGAGCUGGCCAUGUAUAACGGUGCCUUCAAUGGUGUUAUACCUGAUACAAUCACAUCCCACACUGCGCUACAGCGUCUCAUGCUAGCACAGAACAACUUCACAGGAAGCAUUCCCAGCAGCAUCAGUGCGUUGAACAGCCUCGAGUACCUGGCCAUCGGAACCAACCCCCUCUCAGGCUCCCUCCCGGCCGCCCUUGCAUCGCUGCCUCUCCUGCAAUACCUGGAUGUGAGCUCUGCGAGCAUCAAGGGCUCCAUCCCAUCAGCACUGGGCAACCUGAGUCGGUUACGCAUGCUAGCUCUGGGCGGCAACCAACUCACGGGCGGCAUUCCUCCGUCCAUUGCUGGCCUCUCUGCCCUCACCCAACUCAACCUGGCUGGCAACAACCUCACAGGCUCCAUUCCCCCCGCCAUAAGCCUCCUCAAUAAGCUUAGUGUCAUCGAUCUCUCCUACAACCUCCUCUCAGGCCCCAUCCCUGCAGUCCUCAGCACCCUUCCCAACCUCUCUUCCAUCAACUUGGGCAACAACCAGCUCACAGGGCCCUUUCCACCGUCGCUUGCCAACCAUACGAGUGUCACUUACAUCGGCCUGCAGAACAACCACCUCUCUGGCUCGCUGCCGGCCUCCCUCUCCUCGCUGCCGUCCCUCGUCUACCUGUUAUUAGGAACCAACAACAUCUCAGGCUCCCUACCGGACAGCAUUGGAAGCCUCUCGCUUCUCAGCAACCUCGACAUGGGUUACAACCAACUCUCAGGCCCCUUUCCCUCAGCCAUCGCCAACUUAUCUCGCCUGCGCACGCUGCGCCUGGGUCAGAACCACAUAGAGGGCAGUCUGCCGUCCAACCUGCAAAGCAUGGCCAGCCUCGAGUACAUGUACCUAGCGCAGAACAACCUCUCUGGGUCCAUCCCUGCAGCAAUCGCCAAUCUCACUGCCCUUUCCUUCCUGGGCUUGGGAGGCAAUCAGCUCACAGGGCGCAUUCCUCCAGCCAUCACCCGUCUCACCAAUUUAGCCUUCCUUGACCUGUCAUACAACAGCCUCACGGGUCCCAUUCCUGAAUCCAUAGGCGCUCUCUCUUCGCUCACCAGCCUGAACCUAAGGCACAACAACCUCACCGGGCCCAUUCCCACCUCCCUUGGCGCUCUUGCCAAAGGGAUACUCGUAGACAUGAGUGCCAAUCAGCUCUCAGGGUCCAUUCCUGACUCCAUCACCACCCUCCUCAGCCUCGUUUACAUCGCCAUGGGUAACAACAACCUCACGGGCUCUGUGCCAGCUGGCAUGGGUCACCUCACCGCCCUCAGCCAGCU